CGCUUUAGGAAGUGGUUUCACUUGGCCAAUUCCUGGAGUGACAGUAGAAGUGAGUCAAGUUUUUGGCGCCGUUGCCGGGGAACGGCUAGGUUGUUGAAGAAAAGUGAUUUAUGUUAAUUUAGCUUUUCUUUUUGCUUUGUUUGCUUUGUCCCACUUGUGCCUUCACGGGUUUGCUUGCUUGAGUGUGUGCAGGUAGUGCAUGACCCGUAGCCAGUCAGGAGGUUUGCUGCCGUUGAAUCCAGAGAUUGAUCGCACCUGUCGCCAGCUCAGGAGACAACAGCGAGCUAGACUGGCUACGGAAGAGCGCAUAGACGGCCACCUGAGUAGCGAUUCUGAAGAAGAGUACGGGAUGGACGGAGACUACAAUCAGCACCAGGGGAAUCCUCAGCAGGUUCCCCCGGUGAAUCAGGUCCUGGGGAACAACCUCAUACCCCAGGAUCAUGGGGUUCAUCAUCCACCGCAACCGGGUCCCACCUUGGAGUACUACUACACUCCUUGGAUUGCUGACAUCCGCCCGGUCAUCCUCUACCCGCCUAUUCCAGCAAACAACUUCGAGAUCAAGCCAUGCUGGAUUCAGCUCAUUACAUCCUCUAUCCAGUUCCAUGGCUUGAAGGAUGAGGAGGCCAGGGUGCAUCUUUCCCGUUUUCUGCAGCUGACGAACGGGUUCAAGCUGAAUGGUGUCCCUGAUGAUGCAAUCCGCCUUCAUCUCUUCCCCCAUUCUCUGGCAGGGAAUGCUAAGAGGUGGUUGGAGACCCAGCUUCCAUUGUCCAUCACCUCUUGAGAAGAGAAAGAUAGAGAAUUGGCCUAAGCCUUUAGAGGGUUGAGAACGAGAAUUGAGAGGAUAGGGAGAUUAGGGUUUGGGGAAGAGUUUUCUUAAUAUUCUUCUUGACUCCUCUGAAUAAAACGCGAGUACAUAUUUAUAACAAAAGAACUGGAAAACCCUAACAAUUAACCUAAUACGACUAAAAGACUACUAACCCUACUAGUAAUUAGCUUAAUAAUAACUAUAAUAAUAAUAAUAAGACCAUAAUAGAAAU